AUGGAGAGUGGUGGGGGUGUGGAGGAGGGGCUGGAGGUGGGGCAUGGAGUGGGGGCAUGGAGAGUGAGGGGCAUGGAGAGUGAGGGCAUGGAGAGUGAGGGCAUGGAGAGUGAGGGCAUGGAGAGUGAUGGUGGUGAGGGUGGUGUGGAGAGUGAGGGCAUGGAGAGUGAGGGCAUGGAGAGUGAGGGCAUGGAGAGUGAGGGCAUGGAGAGUGAGGGCAUGGAGAGUGAUGGUGGUGAGGGGCGCCCCAGGUGGGACAUUCAUGGUUUCACCGGGCUCUCGCUGGAGGGUUACCCCAGCGCCAGUAGGAAGGGGCAGGGGAUGAUGGGACGGGUGGAGCCUCCUGCACAGACUGUGUGGAGGCGGGGGUCACGGGUGCCGGCAGGGCCGCACCGUUACCUUGAGCAGCAACAGUCAUCGGCUGACGGUCACCCGGAGCCACUGGUGCAGGAGGGGCGUUCGCAGCCGACACCAGGGAUUAUCCAAGCGACCCAGUGGCGGGAUUCACAAAGCAUUAGUGCGUAG